AUGAGUCAAUCUGAAUCAUCGGGGUAAAAAAGAUAAAUGAUAACAUGUUCAGGUAUAUGUAAUCUCUAUCAGUUUGGCAUAUACAUGCAUAUGUUGCAUAUGUUGCAUAUACAUCAAUUUUUGAUGGAUUCUAUCUAACACCCGCAUGUAUUCUUUUAAUAAACAGUGUUACUUAUACUAUUUACUUAAAUGCCAUUUAUGUUGAAAUUCAGUUUGUGAUAACUUUUGAGUAAAAAUAAAUCAAUUUGUGUUAAGUGAUUUGAUCAGUCAUUGUAAAUUGUGUAAUGCAAUAAUAACUAAAUAACUAAAUAUGAAAUAUAUAUAUAUAUAUAUAUUUUUUCAUGAAAGAAGCAUCGUAAAAAAAAAAUUAUUUCUUAACAAAUAGUAACAAAUUUAUUUUUUGAGUAUUUUGCUAUUUUUUUUCAUGGAAGGAUUUGUCGUGAAGCGUUAAAAGAAUAAUUCUCCAUUUUUUAUGAACAUAUCAUGAUUUUUCAUCGUUUAACUGGAGAAAAAUUUCAAACGAUUUGCAUAUUAUUUGUAGAGUUCAUAUACUUUACAUGUCAAGGACAACUCUAAUAAGAAUAGAAUAAUGAUUGAUGUUGUGUCAUUUAUCAUGUUGUUUAUUACUAUGGUCAUAGAUAAUUGUAACAAGAAUUGUUGUUCUUCUAAACUAAAAACAAAAUAUAAAAGUAGAAGUGAGAAAUACAUAUUCGUUGCAUUGCUCGAUAAAAAUAGCGAAAUGGAAGAAAAUUGAAACAUUAACGGAAAUGGGGUUAAAUCAUGUUCAAAAGAGAUUAAAAGGACUAAAAUCAUCAUUCAAGAUUUUCUAAUAUGUACUUAAGUACUCGCAGUCCUCUGGUGGCAGCAUUGAUAAGCUUUGUUAUGAGGUUUGGACUGCACAGUUUACUAUACGGUUUAAGUUAGGUUGUUGUUAAAUUAGUGUCGGUUUUAAGAGUUGUGUCGGCUUUUGUUUAAAUAUGGAUAUGGUUUCAAAUCAGGAUAAUAACGAGGGCCAAAUUCAAACAAUCCUUGAGAUGCUUAAAAAGCAAAUAGAUCAAUACGAUACUACGGAAAGAGAUCCGAAAUCGAAAGCUGAAUUAACAAGGGAUCAAAGGAUCCAAAAGUUAAUGAUGGAAGAGAAACAAUUAUCAGCACAGUUUGGACAGAUUAAAAAGGAAUUGAAACGUUAUGAGAGGAAAUAUGAAAAGACGUUGAAGAAAAAAGUGAAGUUGAUGAAAAUGCAGAUUGCAGAGAAUAAACACAAGUUGGAAAUAACGAAACAAAAAUAUUUCGAGUUAGACACACAAUUAGUCCCUCUUAAGUUGAAGAGAGCCGAAAAAAAGUCAAACCAAACGAAAUCAAACCGAACGAAAACAAUCUUAAAAGUAAAGACGAUGCCGCCUAAAUUUAAGCAAAAGGAUAUAACACCUAACAAAAAGAUUAAAAUUAAAAUUAAAAAUAACGUAAAAUUAGAUAAACGUGAGAUGCAUUUCGUUAACGAUGUUAAUGGGGAAAGUGCAUUUAAAAAUUUAGCGAGAACAACUCCUUUAGUGGAACCCUUAGCUGUAAAUAUUCGAGAAUGCAAAAUUAUGUUGCAAAGAUUAACGGAAAAACAGAUGAACAAGCAUGUUGACCAGAAGAGGUUAGAUCACUCGCAAAUAGGAAAAAGGCGUAUAACACGCGAUUCUUCGCAAAAAAUCAACGAAGUAAAUACCAUUCUCCCAAAUUGGCAAAUAAAAAUUCCAAAAUCAGUAUUCGAAGAAAGUCAGAAAGAAAAUAAAAAAUAUGAUUUGAAUAUGGCUUGUACUUCGAAAGAUGUCAUUUAAUUAAAUCGACAUAGUUGACUUAUUAAUAGUGUUUAGAUUAUAUUUUAAUUUUGUAUGUGACAUUGUUUGCUUAAACUUUUGUUAUUAUAACGAACAAAUGAAAAACUAAUUUUGACGAGAUAUGCUAUGAAAAAUGCAUAUAUAUGUAAAAUUUUAGGAUGUGAUAUUAAUUUUACAGUAAUAGUAAUAUAUAGCAGAGUUAUAUAAGCUAUAUUUUCUUAAAGUAUAUAACUAAUGAUUAAAAGAAGAAAAGUAAUCAAAUUUUAACAUUAUUCUUUCUUAUUUCAUGUGUUGUUUUUAGAAUGAACAUAAUCAUAAUUGGUAAAUGAUUAUGAUAGAAAUUAAAUGUGUUAAUUUUUCAUUGAAACAUCUUUAAAAUAUAACUAUAGAAUGUUACUCAUAAAGUAACGUUUGGCUAUUGC